AUAAUGCCCAGGAAAACGUGGACCGGGAACUGCCGGGAACCACAUUGGCGCCACGGAUUGGCGCAUUGCUGAUGCACUGUGCGAAGCUGUGCUUUUGAAUUUUUAGUUAUCUACAGGAUUUUUUAUUUUGCUGCAAUGAAAUACAUAUUAGUGACCGGUGGUGUGAUAAGUGGCGUGGGAAAAGGAGUCAUAGCGAGUUCAUUUGGCACAAUUCUGAAAUGUUGCAAUAUACAUGUGACAUCCAUUAAAAUUGACCCGUAUAUUAAUAUUGACGCCGGCACGUUUUCUCCGUAUGAGCAUGGUGAAGUGUACGUAUUGGACGAUGGUGGAGAAGUUGAUCUGGAUCUUGGCAACUAUGAGAGAUUUCUUGACGUUACAUUACAUCGUGACAACAAUAUCACCACUGGAAAGAUUUACCAGCAUGUUAUUAAUAAAGAAAGAAGAGGAGACUAUUUAGGGAAAACUGUGCAAGUUGUCCCACAUAUUACUGAUGCCGUCCAAGAGUGGGUUGAGAGGGUUGCUAAUCAAUCUGUAACAGCUAAUGGUACCAAGCCACAGGUUUGUAUUAUUGAACUGGGCGGUACCAUUGGAGAUAUUGAGGGAAUGCCUUUUGUAGAAGCGUUCCGCCAAUUCCAGUUUAGAGUUAAAAAAGAGAACUUCUGUUGUGCUCAUGUCUCCCUUGUACCUCAGCCAAGAUCAACUGGAGAGCACAAAACAAAACCCACCCAAUCUAGUGUUCGCGAAUUAAGAGGUUUGGGAUUGUCUCCUGAUCUGGUUGUCUGCAGAAGUGAGAAUCCUAUUGGACAUUCAGUAAAAGAAAAAAUAUCAAACUUCUGUCAUGUAGCACCUGAUCAAGUUAUAUGUAUUCAUGAUUUAACUUCAAUAUACAGAGUGCCUAUUCUUAUGGAAAGCCAAGGCAUUGUUGAAUUCUUUAAUGAUAGGCUGCAAUUGGGUAUUGCGAUGCCUCCACCUCGACGUUUCAUGCACAAAUGGAAAGAUCUUGCUGAGAGAGUGGAUACGUUAAGAAAGGAUGUCAAUAUUGCAUUAGUUGGUAAAUAUACCAAAUUGGAAGAUUCAUAUGCAUCUGUUACAAAAGCACUUCAACAUGCUGCUAUAUGUGCUGGUUACAAACUAAAUCUAAAGUACAUUGAAGCUGCAAAUUUGGAGAAAGAAACCAAACUUUCUGACCCUGUGUUGUAUCAUGAGGCAUGGCAGCAGUUAUGUAAAAGCGAUGGUGUCAUUGUGCCUGGUGGAUUUGGCAAACGUGGAAUGGAAGGGAAGAUAGAAGCAUGUCAGUGGUGCAGAGCUACUUCAAAGCCUUUUCUAGGCAUAUGUCUGGGUUUGCAGGCAGCUGUUAUUGAAUUUGCAAGGAAUGUGUUGAAUAUGCCUGAUGCAAACACAACUGAAAUAGAUCCUGAUACCUCACAUCCUUUGGUUAUUGAUAUGCCAGAACAUAAUCCAGGCCAGAUGGGAGGUACUAUGCGUCUAGGAAAGCGAGACACUAUUUUGAAUGUCAACAAUUCCAUUAUGAAACAACUUUAUGGUAAAAAGGACAAAAUUCAAGAAAGACAUAGGCACAGAUAUGAGGUUAAUCUUAAAUAUGUGCCAGAACUGGAAGCUGCUGGAAUGAAGUUUGUGGGCCAUGAUUUGAACAAAGAACGUAUGGAAAUUAUGGAAUUGGAAGGUCAUCCAUAUUAUGUUGCCACUCAGUAUCAUCCCGAGUAUUUAUCUCGCCCUCUUAGCCCAUCUCCUCCAUUCCUUGGGCUUAUACUAGCAGCUCGAGGAAAGCUGUUGUCCUAUUUGGCACGGGGUUGUCAUCUAUCUCCAAAAUCACUUUCAGAUCAUGACUCUGAAGAUGAAGAUGAUCCUAUUAUUCUACCAUUACAACACAAUUUGGAAAAAUCAUUGUUCAUUCAAUCUGAAGGGGCUGGUGAUAGCUAAGGUUCAGUUAUUUCAAACCACAGCACGUUUAUUUUUGCCUCAACACCGCACAAUAUUUCGCCAAAAAUAAAAUAAAUGCCAGUUUUUGUAAGGAAAAUAAUUUUAUUAUGUAAUAAAAUAUUUUAUUUGUUAUAUUUAUGUUUUACUUUGGCCUCUACUGCACAUUAAUUUGUACUUAAAAUGUUUGAAAACAUAAUACCCCAAUAAUCUGUAAUGCCUUUUCAAUUAGAAAGGAAAUGUAAAUUAGAAUAAUUUUUGUUAAUAUUUGCAGAAUUAAAAUAAUUUGCUUGUAAAGAUUGGACAAACACUUUUUGUACUUGGUUUUAAUAAUUAUUUAAUCAAUAUUGUCAAAUGUGGAAACAUAGAAAGGCAUUUCUUAAGAGGGGUCAAUGUGCAGAGGACUGACAUGCUCUCUAUCCAUGUUAUCUUCAAUUCUGUGUUGGUACUCUUACCAAUGCUACAGUACUCUUGCAUCAGGUGUAUUGUUUGCUUUGGUUACAAUUUAUACUAUUACAUUUUGUUGAAUGGUAACAUGGAUUUUCACUGAAUGCAUCUUUAUAUAAGAACUGUUUUAUAUUUAGAUUUAUUUUGUUAUAAAUUAGUAUAUAUGAAAUAAUAUUAAGCCAUUCAGUGGAAGCUUUUUUUUUCCCAAAUGGAAAUGGAAUCUCUUAAUUCAGUUGGUUUUCAAAUUCAUUCCAGCUGCAAUUUUGUAGGUGGAUAACAAUUAUAAAGAAAUGAUAGUGUAAAUAGCAGAUAUAAAAGUAUUAUUAUGUCAAUGUGGGUGAAAUAAAAAUUGCCAAAUACUAAAUUUUUGGAUUUUAAGGAAUUGUUAUAGUUAGUAAAUUAAUUGAUAUAGAUUGAUUGAUAUAAAGUGGUUUCAAUAGUGGAAAGGAACAUCAUAAAGUGAUAGAAUUGUCUUGAACGACUUUUCAUAUUUUAAACUCCAUAAUGUAUAGUUUGACAUUUUUCUCUUAUAAAAGCUGAAAAAUGAAGACUGGUAAAUAGAUUUGUGGCAGGUUGGAGAUCAAUGUAUUUUAGGAUUUGUAAUGUUUGUGAAUGAUUAGAUAGUAGGUAUUUAAAUACCAAAAUAAUGAUUUAUAUCAUUAUUUUAUUUUUACAUAUUGCAUCUAGAUUGUAUUUUAAUAAUUUGGCCUCAUUUCACAUGAGAAUUAAAAUGAAGUUUACAGUAUUUCUUUAAGUAAUAUCAAUUUAAGAUCAAUUAUUAAAGAUCUUCCAUAUUCUAACUAUAAGAAGCAUUCCAGAGAGAUUAGUAUUUGAAUAAUUUUGAUGUUCUAUUAUUUAUCCUGCUGCUGUUGUAGUGCAGCAGUACAAGAUUUUGUUUUUUAUUGAUGUGAAAUGUAAGAUGGUUUUCCAAAAGCUGUCUUUAACUAUUGCAAUUGUUACUGUAUGAAAUUAAUUUAUCAAACACUUAAAACAUUUUGUAUUAAAAAUAAAUCUUGGAGGUUUGGUUAGCUUUUAAGGAAAAUCGCUGAAUUAGAUCAAUUAUAAGCUGAACUUUCCUAAAAUUUUCUAUCUCGUGUCCUUCAUUAUACAGUAUGCGUUUAAGUCUUUUGGUUUCUUCAACUAUGUAAUAAAAUACUAUAGUUAAUGAGAAACCUGGUUUCAGAAUGUAUGGUAUUGAGGACAAAAAUGUCUUUCUACUGUAUUUAUAUUCAUUCUAGACUUAAUAAUUAUAUUUAAUCACUCUCUAGUAUUUGACUUAUCUUACUAGUAUUUGAGGGCCAAAUAUUCUACAUAUUUAAAAACUGGAUACAUGAAUGUAUUGUCACUAAAGCUUGACAUUUUUCUAAUCUCAAAAUUUACAUGCUAAUUUUCAUGAAUUUUAUUUCGGAGUGUAAGAUAUUAUAAGUAAAAUAAAUGAAAAUAAAAUGAAUUUUAUCGAUAAGAAAAUUGAUAAAUAUGUAUUUUUUCUGGAUUUGUUGUGUAAAGUUGCUCAUUAUCUCAAAUUUUUGUCCUCUUGCAAACUGUUCAAAUAUUUUGCACACAAUAAAAAUUAUGUUUAUAAUGUGAUAACCUUGGUUUAAGAUAAUCGUUUAUUUCUUUUAACCAUUUUAAUGGUGGACUUACUAAAAUAUUGUUGGUGAUACUAACUUGUAUUCAGGU